CAAACUGCAAACUCCAAACGUGGUGACUUUUGUAAACCUUUUACAGGAUAAUAGAAGAGAAGUUGCAGAUUGGAAGCUCAGCCCAGGCACACUACGCCGAGAUCUGACGGUGUCACUCCUUUGCUUCCUCAUUCAGCACUGGAGAAAGGGUGUUAGAAAGGGAGGAUUUACAGAGCAAACACCAUACCAUGAUCUGAUGGAGGCGUCCAGUUUGUCACAAAUGGAAUGUCAUCAGAUUUUGAACAUGGAAGGGAAAAGUACCACUCACAGCGGAGAGAAACCGUGCACGUGUACCGCGUGUGGUCAGGGCUUCAGCCAAUCUUCAGACCUCACAAAGCACAAGUGCAGUCACUCCGGGGAGAAACUGGGGAAAUGUGGGGAUUGUGGGGAGGAGUUCAGUUCCCCGGCUGAGCUGGAAGCUCAUCAGCACAGUCACACCGGCAACAGGCCGUUCACCUGCUCGGUGUGCGGGAAGGGCUUCACCCAGUCGUCUAACCUGCUGCAACACCAAGUUGUUCACACCGCGGACAGGCCCUUCAAAUGCCCAGACUGCGGAAAAUGCUACAAAACCUCCGGGGACCUGAUGUCCCAUCAACUAGCUCACACGAACGAGAGACCUUUCAAGUGCCCAGACUGUGGCAAGUGCUACAAAACCUCCCGGGACCUGGUGUCCCAUCAGAACGCCCACACGAACAUGAGGCCUUUCAAAUGCCCCGACUGCGGAAAAUGCUACAAAACCUCCGGGGAUCUCAUGUCCCAUCAGCGUUCUCACUCCGAGGAGAGACCCUUCAAGUGCACGUGCUGUGGCAAGUGCUACAAGACGGCCAGGGACCUGAUGGCCCACCAGCGUGUUCACUCCGAGGAGAAGCCCUUCAGUUGCUCCCACUGCGGGAUCGGCUUCCGGCGGUCAUCUGACCUCAUGGAGCACCAGCAGGUUCAUACGGGGGAGAGACCGUUCUCCUGCUCCGAGUGCGGGAGGGGCUUCACUCGCUCGUCCAACCUGCUGAGACACCAGCAGGUUCACACCGCGGAGAGAUCCUUCAAAUGCCAAGACUGUGGCAAGUGCUACACCAGCUCCUGGGGCCUGACCUGUCAUCAGCGCGUCCACACCGGAGAGAGAUCUUUCAAGUGCCCGGACUGCGGGAAAUGCUUCAGGAAUCCUGUGGAGCUGAAGUCCCACCAGCAUGUUCACUCUGAGGAGAGGCCUUUCAAAUGCUCAGACUGCGGGAAUCACUACACAAGUUGCUGGGGGCUGUUCUACCACCAACGCGUUCACAUUGAGGAGAGACCUUUCAAGUGCCCAGACUGUGGGAAGAGCUACCGCAAUUCCGUGGAGCUUAUGUCCCAUCAGCACGUUCACAUGAUGAGAGACCUUUCGGGAGCUCUCAUCGUGGGGCUGGGUGCGGGCGAUCAUCUCAACUCUCAGUACCCCAGCGGCUUCACGCUGGGGAGAGACCAUACGCCCGCUCCGUGUGAGAAAAAGACUUAGCCCAUUCGUCCAGACAGUGGAGAGCUCGCACUGGCGGAAGGGAUUCACUCGAGACAUCCCGUCUACCAACACCAGUGAGUUUGUAUGUAAUUACAGCGAUCGGGUUUUGCUAUUAAUCAAAUUGAGGAGGUUAAAAAAGAAAGGAAGUUUUAAACUUCUGGAUUAAAGUCAAAUAA